AUGGCUGAUGAGUCCAUCAUAGUUGACAAACAGGGAACUAUUUUUUUAGGAGGUCCUCCUCUUGUAAAGGCAGCAACUGGCGAGUCUGUGACCGCAGAAGAUCUUGGAGGGGCUGAUUUGCACUGCAGAUCAUUCCAAAUCUGUCACGAAGGUUCUACGCGCCUCGACGUGACUAGUGCAAUCAUAUGGCGCGAUCGAGAAGACGCAGUGUUUUCUCCUACGUUUUCGUUUAGUUGGGCCAAAUGUCUGGCUUAA